CAAAGGCAAAAUACAUUACAGUCAGUUGAUAAUAUUUCCACUGUAUCUGACAAUCCAACUGCUACUCAGUCAAAUUUACCGAUAGUACUGAAGAGAAACCCAACAAAACGAUGCCUAGUUGACAGCCAAGAUGAACAACUUUGGCAACAGUUAGAAACAUUUGAAAAUACUUCAUAUAACAAUGAAAAGGAUAAAGAGAAUAUGAGUAGUAAUUUACGACGUCCCGUUGGUGAUGGCACCAUGUGUCGACUGACAAAACCACGAGGUUUAACAGGAUUAAGACAUUCGAACAGAAAUAAUACAACAGAUUCUUUGCAAAGCUCGAAUACAGAUAACUCAAAAUCAUCGGUUAGUAAUCACAUUAUAAGAUAUAGACAAUUUCAUAAACCUUCAUUAACUGAAAUAAAUACCGAUGCCUUCAGUGAGCAUGAACAUGAGCAUAAUUAUUUAUCACUUAUGAAUGAAUUUCAACGUAAACCAGCUGAUAUCCUUUACACUGACAUCAAUGUCAUUACAAGGAGAUUAUUUAUUACAGAGAGUACAAAACUUAUGACAGCCUUAUUCUUCAAUGAAUUACCAGGAGAAAGAGGGCAAGCAGAAGAAAAAGGCAUAAAAAUUGGCGUUUUUUCAAAAACUACAAUGGAAAAUGAUUUAUUCAUGAGAAGACAACGUCAUAGUGUUGUUGUUGUUGGUGGUGGUGGUGGUUUUGAUUACUAUGGAGAUGAAUGUGAUUAUCAUCAUCAACAAUUAAUACUUUCUUUGCCAAAAUCUUCAAUAGAUGAUUUAUAUGUGGAUGAAUUUCAUGUGAAUCAUGACCGUAUAUUUCGUUAUUUAUUCACACAAGAUUUAAAAUCAAGACCAUAUUAUCAGGCGAACUUUUUAGAACGUCUUGGUUUAACAGAUACACUCAGAUCAACUCUAUGUGACUGGAUGAUAAAAGUUCAACAUUAUUCACAUCUACGUACAGAAUCUCUUCAUCUAGCUGUUAAUCUAGUCGACCAGUAUACAUGGAGACAGAAUAGUCUGCUGGCAACAGAAUAUCAACUAAUUGGAAUUACAGCAAUAUUUAUUGCAGCUAAAUUUGUUGAACGGUUUCCACCGUCAACAAAAGCAUUGUGUUAUCUAACUGAGGGUACAUACAAGGCUAAACAGCUGUUACAGUGUGAAAUUCAAAUGUUACAGGCAUUGAACUUCGAAAUAAAUAUACCUUUACCGCAUCAUUUUUUGGAUAGAGGAAUUCUAGCGUGUAGUGAUUUAACAUUGGAUGGAAAAACCAAGGUUGAAUUGAUAUGUCGUUAUCUAUUUGAAUUAAUUCUAACUGAAUCCUCGACAGUCGGCAUAUCAGCUUUUGUAAAGUGUGCUGCUGGUCUUUACCUAUCUCGUGAACUUUUACGCUUGAAAUGCGAACGUGAUGUAAGCAGAGGGCAUGAAAAUCCACUUAAUGCGAAUGGCAACAACAUUUUACUUGAUCCAUCAAAGAAAUUGGAAACAUGGCCAGAAUCUAUUGGACAAAUUAUGGGACAAGAAAGUUUAGUCAAACUAUUGCCAAUGGUACUUAUUUAUAUUCAAAAAGUAAUCAAAUAUCUACCCAAUUCAGAUAUAGAAGAAGCAGAAUAUGUGGGUGCUUUUCAAAAAUACAGUAACCGAAAUUACGGUAAAAUUGCUCUUUCUGAUAUAAUACUGGAAGCUGAUUAUGAUCUGAUUGUACGUGAUAUUGAUGAAAAGUUGGCAAUCGAUUCUGAUCCUUUAUAG